GCUAUUGGGCGAGGCUGAGGCGACGUAAUAGGCGCGCGCGCACGGGUUCGGACAGUCGCCACGGCGUCUGCGCACGGGGAAGCUGGUUGCCACCGCGGCCGCCUGGAAUUGUGGGGGUUGUGUCUGCCCCUCGGCUGCUUUGCGGGAGGCCCAAGGUCUCUUAACUAUGGCCUCCCAGAACCUGCCACCAUCUAAGAUGGCUCCUCUGGGCAUGCUGUUUGGGUUGCUGAUGGCCUCCUGUUUCACCUUCUGCCUCAGUCGUCAAAACCUGAAGUCAUUUGCGCUGACCAACCCAGAGAAGAGUAGUACCCAAGAUACGGAAAGAAAAGAAACCAAGGUAGAAGAAGAGCUGGACACUGAGGUCUUGGAGGUGUUCCACCCAACCAACGAAUGGCAGGCCCUUCGACCAGGUCAGGCUGUCCCUGCUGGAUCCCAUGUGAGGCUAAAUCUUCAGACUGGAGCAAGAGAAGUGAAACUACAGUAUGAAGACAAGUUUCAAAAUAAUUUGAAAGGCUUGAAAAAAGGCAAAAGACUGGACAUCAACACCAAUGCCUACACAUCUGAGGAACUCAAGAGUGCUCUGGCAAAAUUCAAGGAGGGAACAGACAUGGAGAGCUCAAAGGAAGACCAGGCAAGGCAGGCUGAGGUAAAGAGGCUGUUCCGCCCCAUUGAGGAGCUGAAGAAGGAGUUCAGUGAGUUGAAUGUUGUCAUUGAGACUGAUAUGCAGAUCAUGGUACGACUGAUCAACAAGUUCAAUAGUUCCAGCUCCAGCCUGGAAGAGAAGAUCGCCGCACUCUUUGAUCUCGAGUAUUAUGUCCAUCAGAUGGAUAAUGCGCAAGACCUGCUUUCCUUUGGAGGCCUUCAGGUGGUGAUCAAUGGGCUGAACAGCACAGAGCCCCUGGUGAAGGAGUAUGCUGCAUUUGUGCUGGGGGCUGCUUUUUCCAGCAACCCAAAGGUUCAAGUAGAGGCCAUUGAAGGGGGAGCCCUGCAGAAGCUGCUGGUCAUCCUGGCCACAAAGCAGCCUCUCACUGCAAAGAAGAAGGUCCUGUUCGCACUGUGCUCCCUGCUGCGUCACUUCCCCUAUGCCCAGCAGCAGUUCCUGAAGCUCGGUGGGCUGCAGGUCCUGAGGAGUCUGGUGCAGGAGAAGAGUACGGAGGCGUUGGCUGUGCGCGUGGUCACCUUGCUCUACGACUUGGUCACCGAGAAGAUGUUUGCUGAAGAGGAAGCUGAACUGACCCAGGACACAUCCCCGGAGAAGCUGCAGCAGUACCGUCAGGUGCACCUGCUGCCAGGCCUGCGGGAACAGGGCUGGUGUGAGAUCACAGCACGCCUCCUAGCACUGCCUGAGCAUGAUGCCCGUGAGAAAGUGCUGCAGACCCUGGGUGCCCUCCUGGUCACCUGCCGGGACCACUACCGUCAGGACCUCCAGCUCAGCAGGACACUGGCCAACCUGCAGGCUGAGUACCGGGCACUGGCUGCCCUGGAGCUGCAGGAGGGUGAAGAUGAGGGCUACUUCCGGGAGCUGCUGGGUUCCAUUGACAGCCUGCUGAAGGAGCUGAGAUAAGGCUGCCCCGACACCAGGGUUAGAUGGGGGGCACCGCUCCUGAGGCUUGGGGUCACCAGCUGGAGUAGGUUUUGCAGGGGACAUCUGGCAGAAAGGAGUAUUUCCCACCUGGGGCAUGGGUACCAUCUGGGCAAUAUGGAGUGACUAUUAAAUGAAGAUGUGAAGGC